AAAGAAAGAGAAAGAGUAAGCCAGAAGGGAACUAUCAAAAAGAAAGAAAUAGCGAGAUGUUUACGUUUAAAAGGGUAAAGGAGAGAGUAAGACAGAAAUAGAGAACAGCGCAGUUUCAACAUGAACACAGCUGUUUUGGAAAGAAAAUUAGCGGACGUCAAGCAUGAUUUGACAAUCCUGUUUCUAAGAUCUCUUAAUUAAUUGCUCUAUUUAGUGUUUUUGAAAUGUUUUUUUACUCAGUCAUUGGGCUGCUGCCAUGUUGGAACACCACCUUCAAGAGUUCUUACUCAAACAAAUCGACUCCAGUACUUUUGUUUCAAGUCUGAAUGGCUUGACUGAAUGACCUGACAAAAAUGAUCUCUUCUUACAACUAUGAAAAAUGCAAUCACAGAUUUUCUUCUAUGAUCAAGCUCCAAACAGACCCACUCCAAAGCGGUAUCGCAAAUAUAAUAGUGUACAGGCUCCUGUUUUGUCUGGUGCUAAGACAUCACCCACUUCACCAACUAUAGUAUGUCUGAACCAGAAACCCAACUUUUCUGAUGGCCCGAUCAAAAAAAACCUUCUUCCAGAACUUACUCAAACAUACAUUUCUCUGAGAAAUCGCCUCGAUUCUUCUUUGACCAGCCACGAUGAGACACAGAGACAUCUAUAUGAACAGUCUAAAGCUUCUUCAGAGGAAAUACUUGACAAAUUGGCAAUUUAUUUUGAUAAUACACCAAACCUUGCAGAACUGGUACCAAAAAGUUUAGAAUAUCAAUUAAUGUGUAGCUUUAAAGAAUUCACCACAAAUGUUGUUGUGGUUCCUCGACAAUGGCAGACAGCUGCCAUGAGAGAGCAAGCUAAACUCAGCCGAUCGGCGAAGAAAGCUGAAGCUGCCAAUAUUAAUACAGCUCUGUCUACAGGGGUUACAACAAGUAAUACUGAAACACACAAUGUAAACAGUGAGUUAACUGCGUCAGAAUUUAAGUUAAAAAAACGGCAAACACCUUCUCCAUUAGGAGAUUAUGGAGACUUGGAAUUAAAAUUGUCUUCAGCAAAUACACGGACCACUAGAGAAAGAGCGUGUUCCAGAACUGGAGCACAAAUAACUUCAGACAAAAGCACGAAUAUCCAUUUUAGUUUGGCAUCAACAAGUUGCUGGAGAAAAGGAUAUGCUGUGGUCAGUGAUGAAAUAAGUGAUCUAAAUCGUAGAAAAAUUCUUAUAAUGUGUGUUCAAAUUCUUCAGAAAGCUAAAGAAACAAUGAGACAUUCAAGCUUCAAACCAAUGAGGAUUUACUAUGAGGAUGAUCAUCAUAUAGCAAAAUAUAGUUGUAAUCUUGACAAAAAAUUUGUGUUAAAACCUCCUCACAGAUCAGUCCUGCAGAAAUCGUCAAAACCACUAACUCUUUACAAUGUACCAAUACCAAAUAUUCCUAUUAUGGAAUUUUACAAUGAAGAUGACAGGAAAACAUUGCUGAAGUCUGUAACAGACGAUGGAACAUCUGUGAUAUAUUACAGAUCAGGCAAUAUUGCUGUUAUUCGCUUCAGAGGGCAAGAUGAAGCUCAAGGCUUUUGUACUUUGGCUUUUGAUGAUGCACCUAAUAAUAAAAUUUUGCUGAAUUUUCUUCCUAAUGGUUGUGGUUGGUGUCUUUACAAGAAUGGAAACCUCAGGAUGUUUGUGAGCCAAGGUCAAGGUUAUUUCUUCAAUGAAAACUAUACAGAAGUUAAACACCUCACUUGGAGCAGAGACAAAAUAGUUCCAAAAACUAACUACAAGGUAACAACACAGAUUUAUUUACACUGUUCCAGCCAAGCAAAGUUUAGUCUUCAUUUGAAAAUAGAUACAAAACAUUUAAAAUUCAACCUCACUCCUUCAUUAGUAUCACAAAGCACAACUCUACGAAAACCAAUGUCCGGGAACAAAUCUGUCCUUUCUCCAUGUCAACAGACAAUGAAAGGGUUAUUUUUGAUGACAUCUGGGCCCUUUGCAUCAUCUUAUGCAAAAGAUCUCCUUAAAGGCCAUGAUAUUCAAGAGAAGCAAAUUGACAGCAUCCAUAAGAAAUAUAGAAAGUCUUUGGAUAUGUCACCAGAAGCAUGUUUUGAAAUGAUAGGUGAAUCUGAAUUACAACACUUACAAAAGAAAGCUAGGAGUAUCGUAAAUAGCUGGAUGAAUCAUUAUCAGGUCACCAUUGGGCUAAAAGUUAAAAGUGUAUGCAAAAGAAGCACCCCAAUUUAUCAAAGUAAGAAACUGAAGCAGACCUGUCCAGCUGUGCAAACAGAGAUAGAAAGUAUGACACAGAGAGAUAAUAAACUCAACUCAAUAAGUAUUACAGUAACUGAAUGUGACUCAAAAGAAAAGCAAAAUAUACCUUCUGUUCCAGAUGCUUGUUCAAAUAAAGGAUUACUGACUGCCAGAUAUAAUAAAUUGAUCUUAGAGAAGGCAUACAACAAUAUACACAGUGUUACAAACAGUGAUGUUGCUGGAAUGACCAACAAAAAAAGUUUUAUACAAGCUUUAGAAGAUGUUUCCAAUACUGCGAGAAAGCUGCAUGCCCUGCGCUCAAAACUGAGACAUGAUCAAGUACCCAUGCAUCAUCCUCCAAGGAAAUCUAUUACUAUGAAAUCUCUUGCAAAAUGUGUAAACACUCUUUUAUAGGUCUCUUCCAUCGAAGAAGUACUUCAGACAACAAGCUAUCAACAUAAUGCUAUCAGAUGUAGUAUAUCAAAUCCAUAGCUUGUUGUUACUUGCUGUUAUUUAUCAUCAUCAUCAUUAUCCCCUCCUUCUUCUUUUCUUCAUCAUCAUCAUUACCAUCAUCACUGUCAUUGACUUUAUCAUUAAUCUCAAUACCUCUAUACUUAUCCCAUAUUUGGGGCACAACAGAGGUAAAUCACCUUAAUUUUGGUGGUGGACUAAAACUGUUAAGUAGCUUAAUGACUGGCCCUUGGAUGCCUUCAGUUGAUGAAGUCCACACUAUUAUAAGCAUAAUUUUGAUACCCUGAUGUUCUUCUUCCCAUUACAGAAACCCAUAAAUUGCAUCUUUAUCCCACUCUUUCCUCUACCAGUUUUGAAAGCUUUGUAGGUGUGAUGAGUGCUUCAUUCUCCUCUAAAGAAAAAAUUCUCCCAACAUUUUUACCGCUUGGCAAUUUUUUAUAACAGCAGAUAUCAUUCACUGCUGCCAUCAUCACACACAGAUUAUAAAUGUAAAUGUUCAUCAUUUUAUUUACUAUGUACCAAUAGUCAUCCUGUUUUUAGUCUGGUAGUACUUAAAAUUCAGCUCUUGAAACAUUUUCCUAUUUUAAUGGUGGUAUUGAAUAGAUCAGAGUUGAUUUGUCUGUCCCAAAUAGAAAGAAUAGCAACUACUUAGCUAGACAGUAACCUAUUCAAUCUUAUCCCUGUAAAUUGUAUUUUUAACCAAUCCAGCAAAAUAAAAACACUAAAACUGAAAAAUUAUUUAGGCAUGAGGGCUACCUACAUUUUGAAUACAUUUAGCUUAAACCUUCCCGUGUGCUUGUGAUCAUCCAGAAAUAGCUAGACAUAUAAAACACUUCAGAAGAAUACUACAUCAGUU